AUGGCAACUCAAGAGCCCUCUUUUCACUCGUCCGCAACACCACUCAACCUCCGGACUCACUACCACCACAGAUUCACCACAGGGGUGCCCCAAGGCUCUGUCCUGGGGCCCCUCUUAUUCAUCAUCUACCUACUCCCCCUUGGUUUCCGGAAACACCACAUCAACUUCCACUGCUACGCGGAUGACACCCAGCUCCACGUAAAGAGUCUGGGUGUCAUCCUCGACAGCACACUCUCAUACACCUCACACAUCAGCCACAUAACCCGCUCAGCCUACCUCCAUCUCUGCAACAUCAACCGCCUCCGCCCCUCUCUUACACCCCACACAGCUGCCAUCCUGGUCCACAGUCCCAACUCAGCAGCCCGCAUCAUCACAAGGACCCCAUCCAGUCACCACAUCACACCAAUCCUCCAGCAGCUCCACUGGCUCCCAAUCACACACCGCAUCCAAUACAAGACUGUACUGCUCACCUUCAAGGCCAUUCACAACCUCGCCCCUCCAUACCUCUCUGACCUCCUCCACACUGCCACACCCGCCCGCCCAGUCAGAUCAUCUUCCUCCACCCAUCUCUCAAUCAGUACCAACUUCAACUACCAGAGUGGAACUCCCCAUGAAACUGAAGACAAAAUGGCAUCUGGGUCUGACCUCAGGAUCACAGUGUUUGGGAAAAGUCAGGAAGAUAAAACAAUACUAAGUAACUUCAUCAAUGGACAUCAUCCAACAAUGUCCAGGCGAUUUGCACAAACCCAAGGACAGUGGAGGAGAAAACCCAUCAAGGUGGUGAAAUCAGCAGACGUCUUCAGUCUGCCAGUGGAAAAAGUGAGACUUCAGCUGAUGAGGUGCGUAGCUGAAAGCCCGCCUGGACCAAAUGUCCUGCUGCUGUUAGUUAAGCCUUCUGAUUUCACUGAGCAGGACAGACAAAAAUUGAAGUUCAUCAUGAGCUUCUUUGGAGAGGAUAUUUUUAAAUACUCCAUGGUCAUCUUAACACAAAAUGACAGGUUAGGGAAUCCAUCAAUUAAUCAACUAAUCCAAGACUGCAGACAAAGGCAGCACAGAAUGAACUUUGAUGAAAGGGAUUUCUCAGAUUAUGAUCGUAAAGAAUUGAUGAAAAAGAUUGAGAAGAUAGUGGAUGAAAACAGAGGACAAUAUGUCACCUUCACCGAAGAGACAGUUCCUAUGGCAGCACCUGAAUGUACAAAAGACCCUCUGAACCUGGUACUGUGUGGUAGACAUGGAGCCUUGAAGUGUUCAGCAGCGAAUGCCAUUCUGGGAAAGUUUGGUCCACCGGCGGACUCUUCAGAGUGUGUUAAAAAGCAAGGAGAGGUGUGUGGAUGUUGGGUUUCCCUGGUGGAGCUGCCUGCCUUGUAUGGAAAACCUCAAGAAGCGGCAAAGAAAGAGUCACUCAAGUGCAUCUCCCUCUGUGAGCCUGAGGGCGUCCACGCCUUUGUCCUGGUCUUACCUUUAGAUAAUCCCAGUGAGGAAGACAAGAAAGAGUUAGAGACAAUCCAAAACACUUUCAGCCAUAGAGUCAAUGAUUUCACCAUGAUUCUCUUUACUUCAGAGCUUAAUCCUAACUCUGUGCAGUUUGAAAGGCUUCUAAAGGGAAACAGAAACAUCCAAGAUCUCCUUCAGAGCUGUGAUGGACGAUACAUUGUCUGCAACAUCAAUGACAAGCAGCAGGUCUCAGAGAUGUUACACACUGUGGAAAAGAUGAGAGAUGUGGGAUGCAGAGGGUUCACAAAAGAUUUAAGAGAAUCUCCAAGAUUGGAGCCAAGUAGAGAACGUCAAAGAUUGGAGUCGAGGAGAGACUGUCUCAGGAUUGUUCUGAUUGGGAAGACUGGUUGUGGAAAGAGUGCCACGGGAAACACCAUUUUGGGCAAAGGUCGCUUUCAGUCUAAAGUUUGUCAAAUAGCAGUGACCCAGCUAUGCAAAAAAGAAACAGGAGAGAUUGAUGGGCGGCCCGUUGCUGUGGUUGACACCCCAGGCUUGUUUGACACAACUCUGACCAAUGCUGAAGUUCAACAGGAGAUUGUGAAAUGUGUCAGCUUGUUGGCUCCAGGACCUCAUGUGUUCUUACUGGUGCUGCAGAUCGGCCGCUUUACACAAGAGGAACAAGAUACCGUGAAAAUGAUCAAGGAGUUUUUUGGCAAGAAGUCAGAAGACUUCAUCAUUGUUUUAUUCACCAGAGGAGAUGACCUUAAAACCCAAACAAUUGAGAGAUACAUAGAAGAAAACCCUGCUGGCCCUUUAAAAAAACUGAUAACUGAAUGUGGAGGAAGAUAUCACGUCUUCAACAACAACGAUAGUGAAAAUCGCUCUCAAGUCAGCCAACUGCUGACCAAGGUUGAGUCAAUGGUCAGGGGAAAUGGUGGUGCCUACUACACCUCAGAUUUAUUUCAAGAAGUUGAGGCAGAAAUACAAAAGCAAACAGAGAAGAUCCUAAAGGAAAAGGAGCCAGAGAUACAGAGGGAGCUGAAGGAGUUGGAAAAAUGCUUUAAAAAAUCAAUACGAGAAAAGAAACUGGGAGGGCAAACAUCUAAACAAAGAGAGGAGAAACAGAACAAGAAAAGCAAAGAAAGGCUGCUGGCAAGUUGUUUUCAAGGCAAGCAGAAGACAUAA